AUGCAGCGCUCCUCUCCAAACACGAGAGGGAUCGCAGUCAAGCGAUCGCGAUCACCAACACUAACAAUCCCGCCACGACACCCGCCCGACGUCGGUAGCAGCGGCAGUAAACGAAGAAAAAGAGAUGAUACCACAACUGCUGCUGCAGAUCGACUGUCCGAUCUUCAGCUGAACACGGAUUCAGAUUGCUUAGCAAAUAUGUUCGUCAAACCUGGCAAGAUACCCGCUGGAGGCAGGCCACAGCUCGCAGCCUAUCAUCCGACUUUCGGACAGAUUGAGUCAAAGGUCGGCGCGAUGUGCCUUGGGUUUGGUAGGAGAUACACGGAUACCAAAAUGCUUGACUAUACUGGCGACGCUCUCGAUGGCACAGCGGGCGAAAUUGCAAAGUACAUCAAUCCUGCCGAUCAUUACCGUCCUAUCAAGCCUAUUCCUCUUGUUGGCUCAAGGAAUGUUGGCAAAUCUCUUCUAACCACAUGUCUGAUGGAUGAAGUUGGUGCUGCAAUCAUCAGCGCACUCGAUCGGGGCACGAGCACUAUCACGGAAUACCACUGCCUACUGCCUUACUAG